GAUUAAAAAAAAAGAUGGUGAAUCGAGUGCAAUUCUAAAAACUAAAACAAGUCUUAAAUAUAUGAUUCUGAUUUUCAGAUAGUCAAGUUGUAUUUAGUUGUACAAGUUGUGUAUACAGAUAAAACCUUCUAAAUCCAUUCUUUGGAAUACAUGAUCAGGAUAUUUUCAAAACAAUUUGUUUUUCUUUCGAAAAUGAUUCAGAGGCAUGAAUUUUGGUAAUGCAGUUUGUGUGACAUUGCGUUUUACUCAAAUAUUUUCCUUCAAUAUUCUGGCUGUGAUUAAUAAAUUUUAAUGUAUUAUUUAAUAUUUCAUUAUUACAAGGAGAGUGUCUGUGAACAGAGGAGGUAAUGAAUAGAAAGAAAUGAUACAGUUUUGUUGAUGCAAUGUGCCCCACAAAUGAAGGAUGAACAGUUGUUAUUGUUUCAAAGCUAGACCAACUCAUUACAUAUUUCAACUACAUGUACAUGUAGGUCAAGUUCUGACUAAAAAGAGAAUGUUUUCCCUUCAGCAUUGAACAUGAAUCAUUCCUAGAUUACAAUGAUGAAAGACAAUCAUAUCUUGUAUCUUGAACAUUUUCCAAUAUGUUCAGUGCCAUGUCCUUGUCUUAUGACUCUCUGUUGUGAGUCAUCCAUGAACAUGUACUUCAUGUCCAAGAUGCUAAAAAGCCCCCUUCCUUUCCCCUCCUGUGUGUGCUCAAUGGUUUUAUGCCAUGGCAGUGUAUCCACCCCCUCUAUAGGCAAUUGGAGGCAACACCCCCUAAAAAUGUAAACAAACCCGAUAUUUGUUUUAAGUAGCUAUGCAAACAAUUACUUCUGAAGUAAUAUGUAGUGGACUUGUGAUGUGGGUGUAUUAAAUGUGUGUCCAGUGAGUGGAUUUCUUUCAUAACUAUUGUAAAAAGAGUUUUGAAUUAAUAAAGUGACCAGGACUUUUGACAAGUGGAAGUAAGUUUAAACAUGCUCAGGUGGGACGACCUUUGGAAGAUAUUCUUAUGUCACUGGACAAGUUUCUGAUUUGAUGAAAACUUGAAUUUAGCUUGGACUUGAGACUUGAAGUGGGAACACUUGUAGCACCAGACCAUUGUAAUGGUGUGGAAAUGAAUUGUGAUAUAUGAGAGAAAAUUACAGGAUCAUAUCCCAUGCAGAAUAUAGGAAAGAACAGAUUAUACCUCAAGCUGUUUGGGAGGUAGAGCAACAACUGUGAUAUACCUUGUGUGCUGAUGACCGGUUUUAAACAAACUGUUCGAAGAUGGAGGGCCCCAAGGAUUAUGUUGAUAGCUACAUGCGACAGAGCAAGAGCAAGUCCUCAAAUACCAAGACAUCGGACAAUACCAAAACAUCUGACAAUACAUUGGAACAUACCACAUCAUUGGACAAUACCACAUUCUCUGAACCCUCAUCUCCUGUGACCUCAUCAUCCUCGUCGAGAUCAGACAAAGAGCUGACACCUGUAAUAGAAUUCAUUGAGAUGGAAGUCAAUGCAAAUGGAAGGGCUAAAGCAUUCAGCGUUUCAUUACACCCCAUCAAGGCGCUGGAUCUUUUCCUAGCAGCGACGUAUAUCAAAGAUGCUAAGUAUGGCAGGAAGUUCAAAUUCAAAACAUCAGAACAACAUUUAAGAUACUACCAUUUGUACAACAUGCCAAUCUUUAGCUGGGUGCUGUAUCUCUUCAUGCUCCUUAAUCUAUCUCUAGCCAUCUUUGAAGAGCCUGCAGUAGGAAACCUCCAUAUACCUUACUGGGCUUCAAUGUUAUUGGAGACUAGCUGCUUAGUCUAUUUCACCCUGCGACUUCUCCACAGCCACUAUUGUGCAGCAGGGAGAUGGUUCCGAGAUAUGAAAAACGUUGCAAGCAUUACUGUCAUCAUCUUGACAGUUGUUGACAUGGUGAUGUUCACUAUGAUGUAUGAGUUGGGUGCUAAGGACAAGGCUGUGCGAUGGUCAAGACCCCUCCGGCCAGUGCUAAUGGUCACUUUUGCUGAAAUGAAACUGGUUCGUCUAGCCUUCAGCAACAUCCGUAAGACGCUUCUUGAGAUUCUCAAUGUCCUCAUCCUUCUCUUUCUUGUCAUUGCUCUCUUUGCUCUCCUUGGUAGAGAGCUCUUUGGAAAUGAUAAUCUAAAGAAGGUCGAUGAAGUUUCUCCAUACUUUACAGAUUUUUGGGAGAUUUGGUGGGACCUCUACGUUCUUGUAACAACAGCAAACAGUCCAGAUAUAAUGAUGCCUGCGUAUGAUUUCAACCCUUGGUACAUGCUUUACUUCAUCACAUAUAUCUUUAUCUGCCUGUAUAUAUUCAUGUCCAUCUUUCUGGCUGUCAUCUACAAGAAUUACCGCAAACAUCUCAAGAACGAGGUUCAGAAGUCAGUGUUCAACAAACGUCGCAAGCUUGCCAGUGCCUGGGACAUUCUUAAGGAGUGGCAUGGGGGGCGUUUCCUCCUCUCUUGGGGGCGCUGGAAGGAGAUGAUGGGGAUGGUAGCCCCUAAGCUAAACCGUGCCCAUGUACGUCUUCUAUGGAGGGUUCUCGAUCAGGAUGGGGUCAAUUUCAUCAAUAAACGCACCUUCAUGAAGGUGGUGGAUAUCUUGAAUGUGCCCAUUGUACAAGUGGAUAAACAGAAGUCCUUUUCUGAGAGACGUUGCCCAACCUGCUACAACUCCAAAGCAAGUCUGUUCAUGAGGAAAGUAAUCAAUCACAGAUACUUCACCUACGUGUUUGAUCUACUAAUCAUCAUCAAUGCAUUCUUUGUGGGAUUCAAACUAGACGAGGGGGAACCCUACUUCCUUGCUCUCUUCUCGGUGGAGAUUGCACUCAAGAUGUAUGCUCUGGGCUUCUAUAAAUUCUUCCGUAGCUUCUGGAAUGUAUUUGAUUUUCUUGUUAUUGGAGCUGCUGUUGUCAUCACUAUUAUAGAAGCCAUCCUAGACAGCAACGAGACAGAAACCACGUUAGAUAUUCUGCUGAUCCUUAGGGUACUCAGACUGGUCAGAAUUAUCAACAACAUAGAAAGAUUCCAUGUCAUCGUAGCAACAGUGAUGAAUAUUGGUCCAUCAAUCAUAACUUUUGGUGCAAUUAUAUUUGUUGUAUUUUACAUCUUUGCUGUGAUUGGAAUGGAGUUGUACGGAGGUAAGGUCAAUUACUAUGGUUACGAGAUAGAUGGUGCUGACCUGACAGAGGAUGAGCUUUAUUGCGGCAACCCUCUCCUGCGUGGUUCAGAUUUCUACCGAGAUCACUACUGCAACAACAACUUCAACAACAUCUUGAAGGCAUUCAUUCUUCUGAUUGAGCUAAUGGUUGUAAACCAGUGGCAUGUGAUCUCUGAAGGAUAUGUUAUCGUUACCAACAAGGCUUCUCGUCUCUACUUCCUUUUCUUCCACAUCUCGGUUGUCAUUGUCAUUAUCAAUAUCUUCAUAGCCUUUAUCCUGGAGGUGUUCAUGGUGGAGUAUUCCUUGUCAAAGACAGAGUAUGAGAGUGCCUUAGAGAAAGUAGUAGAAGAUCUUGGCCUAAGUGAUAAAGUAGAUGACUUGGAGGAGGCCAGUAGAAGGAGAAAGAAGCCAGAUCGUAAAGAGUUGGUGAAAGAGAUGGAACAGGAACACCCUGAAAACCCUGAUGAUAAUAUCAAGUUUAGACUUGGCAAACGCCGCAAGGCCAUGCAAGUGACUCUACAAAACAUGUUUGAAGGCGAGCUGGAUGAUGAGGAUAUAGGUCCCGAGGAGAUCGAUGAUGUCGAUGAUAUGCCAGAAACCGACAUCACCCCCUUUCCUCUUUCCGUGGAUAACAUAGCAUGAGAGUAAAUAUGAAGAGAACGAUAGACGAAUGUGUGUGUUUCAUCCAGUGAUUAGUUAUUAUAAGAUGAUGACGUUGAUUGGAUCUAGACAUUUAUUUUGCAUACCGGUAAGAAGUAAUUUUGAUAAUGACCGGUC